AUGACGACAAAGACAAAGCAGCGAACCCGCGUCCCAGUCCGCACUCUCCCCUCCCACAUCCCCACAGAAGCAGCUUCCUUCCUCAACAGCUUCUCCUCCGCCAUCCGCGAGGGCGACUGGGACGCCUUUGGAAAGCUCUUUGCCGAAAAGUGCUUCUGGAGAGACCACUUGACUCUCACCUUUGACAAGCGAACGAUCCAUACAAGGGACGAUGUCGUCGCAGCGUGGAAGACUCUCUCCAAGACGCGUCGUCCCUCGGCCUUCUCCAGUGACAAGGAUGAAGACAUGGAUAUGGACGCCGUAUGGGCACGUCUUGGCCCCGUGUUCGCAACGCUAGACGUGCCGUUUACUUUCCGCACCGAAGCUCCGGCGUCGAAAUGCAUCGGCCUCGCCAAACUCAUCCCCGGGCCGGAUACCAAAGGCUGGCAGAUCUGCGUCCUGACGACAGCCCGCGGCAACCCCCAUGCACAAGGUCUCCCCCGCCUCGGCGGCAACGCAGUCUUGGACGCCAUUAUCGUAGGCGGCAGCUGCACCGGCAUCGCCAACGCAAUCCAGCUCGACGCCGCGGGCGCCAACGUAGCCGUAUUCGACGCUGAGCCGCAGGCUGGCGGGAACUGGUCCACGAAACGCUACGAGAACGUCACACUUCACCACCCGGCUUUCAUGAUUCAGCUGCCGCGGUUCCCGGUGCCCGAGGGGUAUCCCAAGUAUCUCAAGGGUACGGAUCUCACGCGGUACUUUUCUUCAGCGGUUGAGGAGCUAGGGCUGCCUUUCUUCGGCGGGGUUGCCGUUUUGAAAAACACCUGGAGCGAGGCAGAGAAGAUCUGGACGGUGCAGCUCAAGGACGUGAAGACGGGGAAGGAAAUGAAGCUCAAGGCGAAGAAUAUACUCCUCGCCAACGGCUUUCUCGUCGGCAACGAUAACCCCCGCGUCCCGAAGCUAAAAGGCAGGGAACUCUUCACGGGACCGGUGCAGCAUACGGCAGAGUACCGCAACCCGACAGACUACAAGGGCAAACGCGUCCUUAUAGUCGGGGUAGGCAACUCUGCGCACGACGUCGCUGGCAACCUAGCCUCAGACCCGGACGUCAAGAGCGUGACGAUCCUCCAGCGCAGCCCGACGGGCGACAUACCCGUCGACACGGCGGAUUUCCUGCAGGAGUCGCUGCCGGUCGGGAUGAUGCGGGACAUGGCGCGCGGGGCGAUCGGGAUGGCGAUCGCGAGGGCGGAGGAUAGGAGUCUGGCGCUCGAGGGGCUGGGGUACGCUGUUGAGCGGGAUACGUGUCUGAUGACCAAGGUGUUUGAGGAGCGAGGCAGCUCGUUCUAUGUUGAUCAGCCGGGGACGUUUGAUCUCGUGUUUGGCGGGCGGAUUCAGAUUGCGAGGGGCGAUGCUGUUGGGUUCGUGGAGGAGGGUGUCGUGGUGAGGGAUAGGGAGACGGGGAACGAGAGGGUUGUUGAGGCGGACGGGGUGGUGCUGGCGACUGGGUAUGAGGUUGUGGAUUUGCCUGCCAGGUGGAAGGGGAGCGGGUUCGUUGAUGAGGAGACGGCGGGCAAGUUGGUGAAUGUGAGUGCUUUUGGGGUGGAUGAGGAGGGGGAGGUUCCUGGGCUUACGACAUUUUCUGGGCAUUCGAAUCUCUACUUUGCCGGCAUGGCCAUUUCCCAGUGCCGAACCAGCUCCAGAUAUACGGCGGUUCAGGUGCUGGCUGACAUCAUUGGACAAUUUCCGGAGAGAUAUGAUCGCAAUUACUUGAAGUGA